AUGCGAGUGGUCGUUGUUGAUUGCCUCGCUUGCAAGGUUAUUGAGGACUUCGGAACAUCGCACAGGCAAGGAAUACUUGUGAAGCGCGUGAUAGUUGAACUUCUUAGCAGAUCGAUGAAUAUUACUUCGGGCACGCGUGGUCCACGACAGGAAAAUUUUGCCCCAAAUCGCCAUUUCGUAAAAGAGGAAUACAUUCAAGGUCCCUACAUUCGGCAAAAUGUAUCUUACGACCAGAGGAGUGAACGGUUCCUCGUCAAAGACGAAGGGGGUUACCGCGAUGACUACUCCGUGAAUUUCCCGAGAGUUUCAAGGGAGGUCGAAUUACGCCAUAGACAUAGAGAUGGUCCUAGUUCAGUUUCCCGAUUGCAACCUCUUCCGAGCAGCAGAAGCCAAGGGCCGGAGUUCAGAGCAGCCAACGUGGACAUGCGAAGAUUCUCUCGUCAUCCCGUGAGACACGAGCACGUCAACGUCGAUGGACCCUUCCUAAGUUAUGGGGACGGCGUUGGAAUGCAUCCUGAACGCUUCGGCGAGAAAAUUCGACCAUUUCGAGGGAACGAUCCGUUGAGGGAUUUGAAAUCCAAACUAUUGGGAGUAUUCAACGAUCUUGAAGCCGAAGCGUUGGUGGAAGCAAGACGAUUUUCGGAACUGGAAUUGAAGAUGAAUUCCAACCAAGACUUCCGGAGACAUUUUCCCUUCGGCGUAUUUGGGUGUCACAUGUGUCGCAUGUAUCAGCGAACUAUGUCUGAACUCCUGACGCACUUGAGCUCUAGCGUACAUCUAGCAACUCAGGAGCGAAUACGAAUUGCGUUGCAAAAUAUAUCCGAUGGUCUCAUCAAAGAAGCCCAACGCAUGAACGCCCUGGAAAGUCGCAAUAUACCUCAGGAAAGAAUGACUCCUUGUGAAGUUUGCAUGUCGUCCUUUGCGGGUUCAAUCUGUAAGCAUGAAGAGUCAGCUCAUCACCGCAAAAUCCUUGAAUUCAACUGGUUUGAUUGUCGAUCAUGCAAUGUUCGCAUUAUGGAGCGAGCCCAGUCACAUCGACAUAUUCUUACUGCUCAACAUAUCAAGAACACACUCGAGCGGCUUGGAUUCAACUCGGGACACUUAGAUUUGGACAAGUUUACUCCGGCUGAUGAUUUGCUCGCGUCGUUGAUACCAAGCCCCUCUCUUGUGCCUGAUGAGGAUUCGCAGGAUAGUAUUUCAUAUGCGCAUCCUGCGAGAGCUGGAGACGACGCUGACGAUAUCGUUGGAAUGAUAAAAAUACCUGACAGACACAACCAUGAUGUACCUCUGGGUCUCGACAUGAUCGUGGAUGCCUACGAGUGUGGUUGUUGUAAUAAGGUUCACGAGAAGAGUUCUGGGAUGGUCAGAGAAGUUUUCUUGUGUCGAGUGUGUAAUAAAAGUUUCAGCUCCAAGGACGAUGCCCAUGGAAAACACAGCCGAUCGGGAGACCACUUCAUUCAUUAUUCGAAUUACGCGCAACGUCAUAAUGCUCGUCUUCGGGAGCAGAGACUCCAGGGCAAAGCUGGAGAUAACAGGAAAUUUCGAAUCGAGUUCGACGUUUUCGAGUGUGAAGAUGCCUUCACACCUGGUCCAGCGUUAGCCGUACCGCUGAAAGAAGAACCAGUUGAUCCCGACUUUCAUCCCGCUUUUCUUCAUCCCCAUGUUUCCGACGCCACUGAAAGACCAGAUCGGUCGCAACCGACACGCGAUGUUGAAAGUCGAGAGCGUGGCGACAGUUCUGAGCCUGGCGUAGGUGCGGAAUCUGUGCGUUGGACGUGUCCCGUAGUUUCCCCUGAAGAUCAAACGCCACGAACAGAAUCGAAUGCAGAUUCCAACCAUCGCCCCACUACUGUUGUUAUGGACUGUCCUUCGCCAGAGACCAUUCCUACAGGAAAGAUUAGCGUAGCCACAACGUCGCUCUUUGCUCCGACUUCUGCCAUGACAGAAGUGGUUGGGAAGCGGAAGCAAACCACCAACUUUUCGAUACGAAACAUCAUUUCGGAACAAAGUGAACCUUCGGCAGCGAGGACGACGAGGUUACCAACUGCGUCAGUUCCGGUUGCGGAAACUGUUCCAUCAUGUGCUGCAGUAACUCCACUUCCGUAUUUGCUCGAGGAUGGGCCUACGCCUGUCACUCCCGAAGAGGCGCAGCAAGUUCUUGAAAGCAUUUCUGAAGAAGCCCCGGGUUUCAGUCAGAACGAUUCCGGAGAGAACUGGAUGGAGUACGCGGAUUACCUCUCGAACUUGGACGGAAAUGCUUCUAGUCAAAUUUCGAAUCAGCCAAACGGCAACAUUGAAGUCCUGGACCUGAAUUUCUCGAGUGAUCCGAUACUUGGUUUCUCGUCCACCGAAUCCCCACUUGAAGCGAUCAACUCUCAACCGCCGACACCGGAAGUGAGGCUUAAAACUGUUUCUGAAGCCCAGAAGAAGCCGGAAAGUUCGCCGGCGGCGCCGGUGAGCAAUGGUCCGCAAAGGAAGCCCUUUCAACCAUUGUUCAUGCGAAAAGCGCUUCCUGCACCAACGCCUCCGCAGAAGAAGAAAUCAAUCAAUACGCGCUUUCUGGCCGGUUUGGGCUUUCCGGGACUGAGUUAUACACCUCAAGAUGAGAUCAUGCGUGCCAAGAGUAUCCUAGACAAGCUGAGUGCGGGGAAACCCGCGGGAAAUAAUGAGGACGACAGAAGCAGCGAUGGAAUACCCGAGUCGGUAGUGGAAGACGAGCCCGGAAAGACGUUCGAUGCCCCGAGCUUCAGUGACAGUUCCAGUGAAGAUGAAGAUGAGGAAAUACCUGGUUCUUCGAACGGGAUCAGUACAAUGAAGAAAUCGCAAGUUGGUUCUGAAUCCAGUCGGUCCACGGAAAGAAACGCCAUGAAAACAAAUGCUUCCUCUAGAAGUCGAAAGGUUUACAGUCCAGAACCGGUGGAGAAAAGCAAGGAAUCAUCCCGGAGGAAACAAGUGCCUAACGGCAGCCGCCAAAACUCAACCAGAAGUGUAGCUUCGAACCCUCCGUCCCGAAAGCGUCGCGCCACCACGUAUGAAGUGGUUGAUGAGGAAACAGUUGACAGUGUGAUCGACGUGGACGAAGAAUAUGGUCGUCGCAAGGUCAGAACGAGGAAAAGGAAUAUUGCUGGCGAUGCCAUUAUGAAUAUUUUUGUUAAAGUUCUGAAUGGUCCUGAAUGUUCUGUGGCCCUGGUGAAUUCUUCAACUGUGUCGGAGCUCAAAGAGAAAGUUUGUGAUAAGCUUGGCGUUCCCUCCGCCCUUCAGAAAAUCGUGUACAAGGGACGUACAUUAUCCAACGAAAAGACCGUCGUGGAACACGGGGUAGAAGACGGUGCGAAAGUUCACCUCCUCGUGGCGAACGUGAAGCCACAACCCCGAGCACCGGACGCACCUUGGGAAACGAGCGACACUUCCGCCCUGUGGACGCAUUUGCACGAGUUCCUUAAGCCUCGGUUUCCGGAAGCGCAGUGCGUGAAAGUCAGCGUCGACUUUUUCAACGAACUCCGGAACAUGCUCGACACUCUGGGUCUGGACGACUUGGAGCGACUCGCCACGUGUUUGCUGCAAGUGGAGAACAAUAGUGGAGAAGCUGGUGGUUCGUUAGUGAACGCAGGGUUUUGGUAUGUGAUGGCUGAACAGCAGUUGGGGGGUUAUGAGGAUGCUGAUUUGAACCAGAAAACUGCUGCCGAAAUCGUUUUUACGCAUCUUCGUAAAGUGCGUCCUGAAUGGAAAUUUGAGCAUUUCUUUCAUCAUUCGUUGAAAAUGAUUUGCUUCCGAGUUACUUCGUAUAAAGGAGAUUUCACUGAGACGGUUGUACCGGUGUCAAGCAGUGUUGGAGGCAUCAGUCCAUUGGAUAUUGGACGUUUUUGCUCGGCUUCCAAUUCAAACAAGAUCCUGAUGGCGAUGAUAACGGACGACUCGGACGUUUUAUAUUAUGAAAUUCAGGAUGGAUUCUUGCCAACAACACCGAAGCUCGCCGGAAUGAAGUUAACUCAGGUUUUGUUCCGCGCGAAUUACGCGCGUUGGAAGAGAUUCCAAUGGCGCGCUCAGUGCAAACGAAUCGUGCGAGACGACGGGUUGAAGAAAUCUCUGGAAAGCACCGGAAUUCAGGUGGAAGAUGCUUUGCAGUUCGUCAACAGUCGCAUGCAAGGGCAGAUCAUUCCUCUGCUGAACCCCAAGGAUUAUCCAUUCACUGAGGAAAUCCCGGAUUAUGGGAGCAGUGCACUUCAUUCUUCAGAAGCUUUCGACAUAAACAACUCGUCAGUCGGUGUUCCAGGAGAAGGUUUGACGCAGAUUCAACGCUUGACGAGAACUCUCGUGCGGAUAGGGUAUCCCAUCGAGCUGGAAAAUCAAAUUGGAUCUUUUCCUAAACAAGGAUAUUUCGAGAGCGAACUACGCAAGUACACCGAACACGCGCAAUUCUUCGAUCCUACGCAAACCAAAUUGCCUAGAGAAGCUGAAUCUGUAGAAGAUCUCAUGGGAUACAGGAAGGGAACGACUAUUGGAAUUAGAAAACGCCUUGAGUACGGAGUGCCUCUGAAGCAACGAGGCGAAAUCAUGGUGGAGGCGAUGCUGCGGAUGUGUUCCAUUGCGUUAUCCCGAACAAAUCCUUCGGUGAAAGACAGGAUUACGUUGCGAAACGUAGACAUUAAUGUUCCUGUCGAUGUGGAGAAGAACGCAAAAAUUGUUCUGAGGCUUCGCGGGGACAGAGUUGUAAUGUCCAAAGAAGCCAUUUCGCCGUGGGCAAACGUCUCGGACGUUUUUGAGACUCAGGAGAGAGCAUUGCCGGAAAUUUAUCCAUUGGGCCCGUUGGCGUUCUUCAAAACGACGAAUGUAUACAGGGACUCGAAUUUCUUUCCUCUGGCUCCGAAGACACCGUUCAGUAACGUCCACACUGUGUUCAGCUUAUAUGAUGACCCGAACUGCGAAUGGGAUGUUAGCCAAAAAAUCGGUCGGGCCUUGUUGCAUUCUUUUGGAUGGGCGGUGGCGAAUGCUCGACACAAAUUUGGGGAAUCCGUGAAAGAAUUGCCUCAUCCUGUGGCUGUGCAAGUUGUUCAUACAGAUGGACGUGAAUUCACGUUCGGUUGCUUUCAGCUGAAUACACUGGAUCUUCGAGAUCAGACCUCGGCGAAAAAUUUGUUCUGGUAUCUACCACCGUUGAAUUUAUGGACGAAGUGCGGAUUUCGUGAAGCUGCACCGUUCAUCGAAGGGUUCAAUCCACAAGUGAUGCAAAACUUUUUACCCCUGUUUUUGAGUGGUGUGAGGAGUUGAAGAUGAAGUGUUGAUUUAUGUUCA